AGCUGCUUCCCCACCCCAUGUGUUGGCCACCUUCCCAGACAUGGUCUGGCCCAGCACAACCCUCCUGUAGCUCCCUCUUUUCAGGGGGUAGGAGCAAAGACUUUCCAGCAGAGAGGAAGAGGAAUUUAUGUGAACAAGCUGCUCCUAAGAGAAAGUACCAGGCUGGAGGUGGUGUGUCUGGAGGGUCCUGGUCCAGGAUCGGGGGAGGGGAGCUGCCCAAGGCUGGAAUAGCUCCAGGAAUGUGUCCUUGGAAAUGGUGGUUUCCUGAUGACACAGUUGAGCCUGUCCUCGCUGGGCCUGGGGCCAGUGGCAGCCUCCCCGUGGCUGCUGCUGCUGCUGAUUGGGACCUCCUGGCUUCUGGCCUGUAUCUUGACCUGGACCUACACCUUCUAUGACAACUGCCACCGCCUCCGCUGUUUCCUGCAGCCCCCAAUGCGGAACUGGUUCUUGGGUCAUCUGGACUUGAUCCCCCCUACAGAGGAAGGUUUGAGGGAACUGACAGAGCUGGUGGCUACCUACCCCAAGGGCUUUAAAUUCUGGCUGGGACCCAUCUUGCCCAUCAUCAAUUUGAGCCACCCUGACAUCAUCCGACCUGUCCUGAAUGCCUCAGCUGCCAUUGCACUGAAGGAGGAACUCUUCACAAGGUUCAUGAAGCCCUGGCUGGGAGAUGGGCUCCUGCUGAGUGGUGGUGACAAGUGGAGUCAACACCGUCAAAUGCUAACACCUGCCUUCCAUUUCAAUAUCCUGAAGCCCUAUGUGAAGAUUUUCAACAAGAGCAUAAACAUAAUGCAUGCCAAGUGGCAGCACCUGGCCCCAGAAGGCAGUGCCCGUCUGGACAUGUUUGAGCACAUCAGCCUCAUGACCUUGGACAGUCUGCAGAAAUGCAUCUUCAGCUUCGACAGCAAUUGUCAGGAGAAGCCCAGUGAAUAUAUCGCCACCAUUCUGGAGCUCAGUUCCCUUGUAGAAAAAAGGAGCCAGAACCUCCACUUAUUCAUGGACUUCCUGUAUUAUCUCACUCCCGAUGGGUGGCGCUUUCGCAGGGCCUGCAGGCUGGUGCAUGACUUCACAGAUGCUGUCAUCCAGGAGCGACGCCGCACCCUCUCCAGUCAGGGUAUCGAUGACUUCCUCAAGGCCAAAACCAAGACCAAGACUUUGGACUUCAUUGAUGUGCUCCUGCUGAGCAAGAAUGAAGAUGGAAAGGCAUUGUCAGAUGAGGACAUAAGAUCACAGGCUGACACCUUCAUGUUUGGGGGCCACGAUACCACAGCCAGUGGUAUCUCCUGGGUGCUGUAUAACCUUGCAAGACACCCAGAAUACCAGGAGCGUUGCCGGCAGGAGGUACAAGAGCUUCUGAGGAACCGUGAGCCUGAAGAGAUUGAAUGGGACGACCUGGCCCAGCUGCCCUUCCUGACCAUGUGCAUUAAAGAGAGUCUGCGGCUGCAUCCUCCAGUUCCAUUGGUCUCCCGCCGCUGUACCCAGGACAUUGAGCUCCCAGAUGGCCGGGUCAUCCCCAAAGGUGUCAUCUGCCUCAUCCAUAUUUUGGGAACCCAUCACAACCCAACUGUGUGGCCGGACCCAGAGGUCUAUGACCCCUCCCGCUUUGACCCAGACAAAGUCAAGGAGAGGUCACCUCUGGCUUUUAUCCCCUUUUCCGCAGGGCCCAGGAACUGCAUUGGGCAGGCCUUCGCCAUGGCCGAGAUGAAGGUGGUCCUGGCGCUCACGCUGCUGCGCUUUCGCCUCUUGCCGGACCGCACGGAACCCCGCAGGCUGCCUGAGCUGAUUCUGCGCUCGGAGGGCGGCCUUUGGCUGCGCGUAGAGCCGCUGAAGGCGGGCGGACAGUGACCCGCCACCCCACCCUCCUACCUUUGCAGGUUCCUGGGAAUAAAACUCUGCAGUCUCCUCUGCCCGAACCUCACCCACAGCCAGCAGGGGGCGCUCGGGCACUGCGCGGACCAGGGGUGGGCUUGAUGGGUGGAGGUGGGGCUGGUCUGUGAACGCCACACCCCGACCGCCUCCCUGGCUGAGCGCAGCGCUCCUGUGCCUACCGCUGGUUCUCUCAGAGUUCAAGUAUGAACUUUAUUCUACAGGUGCCAUGGAGGUGUUUGAGCAGGAGAGGGCCAAGGUUAAGGCUAAAUUUAAGGGGCAAGAUGGAGGCUCUGAGACAGAGAGAGGACUCCUAGAGGCAGAUCAUUCAGCUAGACUGAGGGGUGCUCCCCUGACGCCCCCACAGAGCCCCCUGACCAGCCCACAGCACAGAGGAGGAAGCCUGCAGCUCCCAUCCUGGCAGCCUGUCCAGGAUUCCUAGUUCCCUUCCUGCUCUUGCCAAUGUCCCACCCCUGUGUCUGGGCAGCCUGGACAGCACAUAUUGAUUUAAACCCGCUUAGAAGCUCUCACAAGAGCGUGGGUGGGGAGGCUCAUCCCCACCCUUUCACCUCUGGGUUCCUCCUUCAUUCCCACCACAGGCCACCCUGACCCAUCUUGGAGGGGGUGGGGGCAGUGCCAUCCUGUUUCACUGGAGAUCCAAAGCCAGACCUCUGGAGGCAGGCACCUAAAGCAAAGGGAUCCCGAGCCAGACUGCUUGGGCUCAAGUCUGGCCUCUGCUGUGACUUGGGCAAGUUAAUGUGCCUCUCUGUGCCUCAGUUUCCUCAAUGAGGACAACGCUGUGUACCUCAGGACCGUCCUGAGGGCUGAUUCAAAAGGACUUAGAGCUGUAUCUGGUGCACAAUUAAUGCUCAAUAAAUGUGGCCAGUAUUUCUGCCUGUUCCAGAAAGUCUGCGGAAGCCUUUCAAGAUACUUAAUCCUGCCAUGACUUUUAAGAGUGUGCCUUGGAACUCAGAAUCAAGAAUUCUAAUAUU